UGUUCAUUCUCAGGCCGGGUAAGACCCCAGCAACAACGACGCAAUCGGUUCAAUCCGUGAAAAUUGGGUUUUACAAUCGCAAUCCAUCCUCUGAUUAGCCUAUAUUUUGUGGAAUUUUAUCACUGUCACUGAUCAGAGGAUACUCUUAAGUUGUUGAAUCCGAAUCAGAAGGCACUGGGAAGAGGCGCAAAGAAAAAUUUUCAUACUCGAUGACAUUACAUCGCAAUGUCCGAUCGUUUGGGGCAAAUAACCAAGUCCAAGGAUGGGAAAAGCAAGUAUUCCUCACUCAGCCUAUUUGACAAGUACAAGGGAAAAUCAAUAGAAACUCAGAAAAACACAGUAGUUCCACGACAUGGCUUACAGAGUCUUGGCAAAGUGGCCACAGCCCGGCGCAUGCCCCCACCUGCUCACCUGCCGAGCUUGAAGUCUGAAAACAAAGGAAACGAUCCCAACGUGAUUAUAGUGCCCAAAGACGGUACAGGAUGGGCGAACAAGCAGGAUCAGCCCGAUCAAAAGAGUUCUAUUGCAUCGAUACCACAGCUGCUGGAGUUGCAGCCGCAGCUGGCUUUACAGAAAUCUGUCUCCAAUCUUCAGAAGCCCUCACCAGUAGCCAGUCAGGAGAACACAAACACAGGUGGACCAAAGCAAUGGGCCCAGCUAAAUGGAAAGGCAGUAGAGCAAGAUGGUUCAAGGGCCUCAAACCGACUUCAGCCCUUCUCUCACGAGGAAUUUCCCACACUGAAGGCAGCUGGAGAACAGGACAGGGUUGGCAAGGAAAGAAGCGGCUUCGAUCCGUCGUAUGGGCCCGGACCAAGCCUCCGCCCCCAGAAUGUGACGAGCUGGAGGGAAGGUGGUGGCAGGAACCUUCAGCCCUCGUCCCUGACCCUCAGCCUGCCAGCAGACGCUGAGGGUAAACUCACUGCCCUGGGUGAGACUGGCACUCCUCCAGCUUUGUCUCACCCCCCCUCUGCCACCGGCACCACCUCAUCUUGUGUCGUAACGGCUCAGUCACCAAGCCUCGACCCCAAGGAGCCUUCCCUCCGACCCGCCCAGCCUGUGCGUAGAACAACCGUCCCUACUGCCCUGCAGUACCAGCUUCACCACACUUCAACUGCUGUCUACCAUGACAUGUUGCCUGCAUUUAUGUGCUCUAAAGAGACCCGUGAAGCUACAGGUACAGACCAUGUUCCUACCACUGUAGCAGCCCCAGCCCGAUUUGAGAGCAAACCCACUUUUAGGCAAAAUUAUGCCAAACCCGAACUUGCUAAUGGCGAUGCAAGAAGAGAGAACCGCUUUGUCCGUGCUCCACCCCGACUCUCAUCGCAGCCCAUCCGCAGGCCUGGUGAUAGACCACAGCGGCCAGCCAUUAUUAAUCCAGAAGAUUUGCGGGAUCUGGAUGACCUUGACAAUGACUGUGAGGAUGGAUGGGCUGGACUUCAUGAAGAAGUUGAUUAUAGUGAGAAGCUCAAGUUCAGUGAUGAUGAAGAAGAUCACUGCCCCAGUGAUAAAAACAAGCUAUGGGUGGAGUGGGAAAGGGAAAGAGAGACCCACCGGGACUGCCAAUCCUCCCUUAGUUCAGGUGAGGCGUUGUAUCCCCUGGAGGGUCCUGAGGAGAAUUAUUCCUACCAACAUCACCACCAUGAGCCUCCCAGGAAGCCUAGCAGCAGAUAUCUCUCUACAGACAGCCAGGUCCAGCAGAAAAUCCACAGUGAGCCACUGGCUGACCAGGAUGAUCACCAGCGACAGACUCAGAGUCAGGCACCAGCCAGGGCAAAAUAUGUGACACCUGAGCUGUCUGAGGCUGUUGAAAGAGCCCGCAGACGGCGGGAGGAGGAGGAGAGACGUGCCCGUGAAGAACGGCUUGCUGCAUGUGCUGAAAAACUCAAGAAGUUGGAUGAGAAGUUUGGAAAGAUUGAAAGACAGACAUCAAGGGCAGAAGAUGGCCCAAAGGACGCAGAAGAGAAAAAAGCCCCCCUGUCCCCAAACAUGGAACAGAGUAAAGGCCAUCAUGAGAACUGGCAGUACAGCACUGAAGAAGGAAGUGGGUGUCUGCCAGACAACUCCCCUGAUCAUAGUUACCGGGAAGAGCCUGGCUUUGCUGUGCCGCGCAGCAGUGAAGAUGAUGGCCAGGAACCCUCCUCUCCCUCAGGAGAUUACAGUGGGCACCAUUCAUCAAAACCAAUCCCACCCCGCUUCCAGAAGCAGCCACAACAUCACCAGCAGCAGGAACAAGUGCUCAAAUUACAGCAUUGGCAACAAUCAGGCCAUCCUGCUCCAUCAGGCACAAGCCAUGCACAGCGGGGCUAUUAUCCUCCACAUGUCCUCGGGUUUGAUCCCCGCUGGAUGAUGAUGCCACCUUUCAUGGAUCCCCGCAUGGGCCAAGGACGAUCUCCAGUUGAUUAUUACCCUGGUUCUGUUCACUCUUCAGGAAUGGGAAAACCUGUCUUGCAUACAGACCACUUGAACAGCCCUGGUUCAGAUGAAGGAUGCCAUUCCAACCUGCACCAAGAGAGACGAGCCCCAUCUGCUGAGCCUUACCCAGUGUGGAAUCAAGAUGGCUACCCCUUGCGCAGCUUCACUCCACCUUACCAGAGACUGCAUGAAAACUCAGAUAGUGGCCAGCUUGGAGACAGAGCCGAUGCUGCGCCUUCCCAAAAGGACUCCUAUGACGAUGGUUCCAUUGACUGCUUGACUCACUCUCAAGAUGAUCUUCCCCAUCAUUCUUACCAGAGCCGUGGCUCAGACAAAGAACACCAUAACCAAGGCCUGCUCACCACUGCUCAGAACUGCUGCCAAAAUCUUUCAGAGUGUGAAUACAUUAAACAAGACUCUAGAGACAAGCAUCUGAAAGAUGGUCUUGAGUCCCAUAGUGAAACUUUUGAUGGCUCCAAGGAUACCUGGAAAAGAGAUGGAAGCCAGAAACAAGAUGGGGGAAUCAACAGUUCCCAAAAUCAGUGGUCUGAGGCCAGUUCCAGUUCCAGCAGCAGUGUCAGCCAGCCAUCUGAGACCAGUGGUCGGACUUUGACUCGUAGAACCGGGCCCAUCAAGAAACCAGUUCUGAAAGCCCUGAAAGUGGAAGAAAAGGAGAAUGAAAAGCCUAAACCUGAACCUGAGGAGAAACCUGUCCCCUAUCGUCUAGAGAAAGAAGUCCUGACUAAUGUUUAUGACUUGAAGAAAGAUAACCAGCCACCCAGCAACAGGCGUUCAGCCUCACCUGUUGUUGAGAAACAGCCUGAAGAGAGGCAGCGUCUAUCACCAGCUCCUAGCAAAACAGAGAGGCCUCUCAGCACCUACAGUGAUGAUUUUCUCAAGGAAAGCAUUUGGGGCAGUGGCAAGAGCCAGUCACCUCGAGAUUGCUUGGAAAACCGAGAACCUCAGGCACCACGGCGCAAUAACUGGAUCUUCAUUGAUGAAGAGCAGGCCUUUGGUGCAGUCAGGGGAACAGGAAGGGGGCGAAGUCGGGGAUUCAGGGAUUUUGGCUCUAGAGGUGGAACCCGUGGUGGCCGAAGUGGAGAUAAUCUCAGAGGUGGAUAUAAUAAUAACAGCAGUGGCACUCAGCGGGCAGGCAGAGGCCGAGCACCACCCAGGGACUUUGUGAAGGUUGAGGAGUUUCAGAGGGGCAAACCCCGAAGGAGAAAUGUCAGUGAGACCUUGAGUGAAGCCUCAGAGUAUGAGGAACUUCCCAAGAGGCGACGUCAGAAGGGAUCUGAGAAUGGAGAUGGGCACACAGAGUCUGGAGAAGUUCGUAAGGCUGAUAGAGACUCUUGGAGAUCCAAUAAGAUAUACACAGAUGACCAGACCGCCUCAGAUUCCAGAGAAAAGAACAAGGCCAGUCGGGGUUUUGGAGGUCGUGUUCUGCCUCCAAGACUGAAUACCGCUGGUAGCUAUGGGCGAAACUUUGCAGGAUCCAGGGACAUUUCUACAUGGAGGGGCCGUGGACCCCAGUAUAGCAGCAACAGUGGAUCCAUGCAAGAAAAUGGUUAUGGUCCUGGAGCCGAGUCUACUUACUCCCGCAGAUCCUUGGUUGAACGUGAUGCUCUCAAAUACACUCCUAAAUUUACUGGCUCCUUCUUAGAAAAUGGCACUGAGGACCGUGAAGGCGAGUACUACUUUGAGAGUGACAACCCCGACAGACAGAUAUUAAGGAGACGACGUCCUCCACGUCAAGACAAACCACCUCGUUUCCGUCGUCUACGACAAGAACGAGAACCUGGUUCUAAUCAGUGGACGAGUGAUGAGUACAUAAAUGGAGACUUUGCAAGUCCUUGGCAAAGUCGCUCCAAAGGCAAUGGAGAUGACAAUUGGCCAAGUGGCCACUACUCUGGACGUUCUAACCAGCAUGGACAGACAGAAGAAUGGGACACAGGAUCAGACAAUAGUGACUUUGGUGAUUGGAGGGAGAAGAGAGGUGGAAGUGGAGGUAUAGCUACGCAGGGUCAUGGUGACAUUCCCUCAGACUCUGUCCACAGUGAACCAGGCUCUGGAGAGAAGAGGGAACUUUCCAAGAGAAGCUUCUCUAGUCAGAGACCACUGGUGGAGAGGCAGAAUAGGAAAGGAGAGCCAUCACUGCUGGAUGCAAGCAAGAUGGUGCGCACUCCUGAUAAUGCCUCCACUUCGUCAUCUAACAGAAGUGACACUUGGCAGAAUGGAGGAACUUCUUGUAAAAGCAGGAGUCCAGAUGAGUCUGGCCCAGUCUACACCAUAGAGCCUUUGCCAGAGGACAGGGAGCCCAGUGAACCCUCAGGGAAGAAAUUGGACAAGGAGCUGAAGCCAGGCCCUGUCAAAACAGAUAUUGAUGAACCUCUCUCCCAGUAUGAGCUAAGCAGCUAUCCAAUUGAUGGAGACACAGGGGGACCAGGAUCAAAUCCAGAUGGGUACCAGGAUGCCUUGUCCAAAAAGCAAAGACGCCCACAGGAAGAUGAGAGAAGGAGAAAAGAGCAGGGACCUGCUGUGCCAGUCAAAAACAGGACAAUCACAUCCAAGAUACCACCACGCUUUGCUAAAAAGCAGGGAAACAUGAGCAUUGAACAGCCAGAGGAAACUAUUUCUUCUCCUAAUAACCUGGGAACUGAAAUCUGGGAGACAAACAGCUCAGCUCUUUCAGUACAGCCCUCAGCUGGAGACUCCUGGACUAAACAAGUGUCUUACACUGGGAGUGAACCUAACUCUGAGGACUCUGAUGCUGGCCCAGAACAGAGUAAAGAACAGCACAAACCUGGGCCCAUUGGAAAUGAACGCUCCCUAAAGCACCGCAAGGGCUCGGAAGGUGUGGACAGGUUGGAAGGUGGUCCCAUCACGCCAGUCAAUGGUGUGGAUCUCCAUGUGGACACUGUGCUACCUGUGCCACCUAUUGAGUUUGGUGUCAGUGCCAAAGAUUCUGAUUUCAGCCUGCCACCUGGCUCUACCCCAGUGCCCGUAUCCAACCCCGUAAAGCUACAAGAUGCACUUACUACGAAUACAUCUCUAAAUCAGAGCAUCCCUAUUUUGCGUUCCACCCACCUGCAGCCUAGCAUUAACCUCAACACCAUCUCCUUCCCAAGUGCUGACCUCACACUAAAGAUGGAAUCGGCACGCAAGGCUUGGGAGAAUUCACAGUCCCUCCCAGAACAAGGCUCCCCUGGUGGAGGUGCUUCAGGUGCUCAGCCUCCCUGCAGCUCUGGUUCAUCCACUGGUGUCAGCUAUAGUUCUUUUGGAGUUUCCAUGCCUCCCAUGCCUGUUGCAUCAGUGGCCCCUUCCAUGUCCAUGCAAGGAAAUCCUAUUCCUCCAUUGUAUCUGGAUGGUCAUGUCUUUCCCAGUCAGCCACGCCUUGUGCCCCCCACCAUGACCCAGCAACAGACCUAUCCCCAGGCAGCUGCAGCCCAGCAGAUUCCCAUCUCUUUACACACACACACAUCACUUCAGGCUCAGGCUCAGUUGGGGCUUCGAGGGGGUUUACCUGUCUCUCAGUCCCAAGAGAUGUUCAGCUCCAUCCCCCCCUUCAGGUCCCAGGUUUACAUGCACCCAAACCUGUCACAGCCCAACCCCAUGGUGCUCUCUGGUGGGGCCCCUCUCAAGGGCCCCUACUCAGCUUUCCCUGGCAUGCAGCCUUCAGACAUGGUGAAACCACAGUCAGGCUCACACUACCAGCCUUUGAAUGGCAGCCAGCAGCUAGUCUACGAUAGCCAGAUGAACCAGGGGCCUGGUAUGGGGUCUUCACAAUUAAUGGACUCUCAGCUCAUUCAGGUUACUAUGCCUCUGCCCGGCUCCCAGCUACGGUAUGGUUCAGCUCAACAACAUCUCAUUCUACCACAGUCCAUCCAGCUGCAACAAGGACAGAACCUCUCAGUGGGAGCACCACGGCGAAUGUUGCCCCCAGGCUCCCAGCCUGGUGUUAUGACUGGCAGCAGAGAGGGCUCACAGAUGGAAAUGAAAAGUUUCCAGUUCUCUGACAAGCCCAAUCAUUCCCCUGGCUUAUCUGGAAGCUCCUACAGACCUGGCUCUGCUAGCCCCAGCGGAAAGCCUUCUGGUCCUGGGGGGCCUGUAGGCCCUCUGCCUACACAUUUUACUCAGCAGGUCCCAACUGCUCAAGGCAGCAUGGUAAUGCACAUGCGCCCCCCUACCACAGGCCCCUUCCCCAACCCUAUCCAGAGACCUGUUAUGCAGGUCAACAAGGCUGUCAUCAUCCGCUCCCCUUCCUACCCCAAUCCUGGCCGCGACCCUUCCCAUUCUACCCCUCCUUCGGUCCCUGAGCCCCCAAUCAAAGGGCCAGAGGAUGGCAUGAAGAGUAAAACAUUGCGAGAAGUGCGAAAGGCAGUAGGGGAGGGCAAAUCACCAUCUGGGGUCAUGACCAGCAAACUCCAGGAGCCCCUGCCCUCCACUGGUCAAGCCAAACCAGCACGCACUGGAGCCAUCAAACCCCAGGCUGUCAAAGUAGAAGAGGGCAAGGCAUAACAAUGGACCUUAAAAUCCUCAUCACCACCAAGCCUGCCAACACAAAGCUCCUUGACCAAUGUCUGAGCCUUCCACUUUAUCCCAAGGCACCGAGGCAAGGGGCAUACACAUGCAGAUAUAAUGAAUAACCCUUCUUGGACUUUCAGAACUGGGCACUAUUAUUUCACACCGCGUAUAGAGAUAUAUAAAUAAAUAUAUAUAAAUAUAUAUAUAUAAAUAUAUACAUACAAACAGACCGUCUUUCAAGCAGAUCUCUUCAAGAUUCUCUUUAAUUUAUUAUUAGUCACUUUUAAGGGGAGUUUGGUGAAGACAAAAGAUAUGUUGUUUUCUUGCAAAUGGGGAAAAGGAAACUGGCCAACUCGGAUGGUUCAUUUUUCAUACUGUUUUGCCAAACUGUAUUUACUCACUGUAUGUGGACUCUAGCCCUAAAUACCAGGCAAGACACUUGAUACAACUUACAAUGAAGCAAAGUCUGUUAUUUUCUUUUUAUCAAAUUUGAAAUGCAGUGGGGCACUUUUGUUGUUAUCUUUGGUAUUUUGCUGGUAAAUAAAGGUUAUCAUUAUGACCACCCAUCCAAGUCACUGGUGAAGGACUUAUUUUAUUAACCUAGAAAAACGCUCAUCUCCAUCAAGAGCAUUACCCCAAAAAUGGAUCUCUGGAGGUACCGAACAGCCCUUUCACUGUGGCAGAACUGCUUAGAUUGGUAGAAACUAUUUCUUUUCUCAGAACCUUCCUUUGAUUUUUUUUUCUGUUAACAUUCAGUUUGCUUACUUUAUUCUACUUGUCAAUUCAACAGAAAAGAUGAACAUUUACCAAAAUCGUGUUGCUUCCAUGGGAACUUGACUGGCAUUGACAGCGUGUGCAUGUGAUGUGCUGAAUGUGUGUAAACCUGCAGAACUAUUUAGAAGCUAGCAACAAUUCUUAAAGACUGUCUCUGAACUUGGCAUUCAUUAUGCCGACAUCGUUAUGGAUUUUGAUAAACCAAGCUGGCAACAGUUCUGGUCUCAUUGUGAAGUUCCAGGGACGGGGGGGAAGGGGCGCAUUCACAAUUGCUGUAAAAGGAUCCUUGAAUAGCUUACUGAAAUGUUUACUUUCUUCUUGCUUUGCUUGGGUUGUAAUGAAUCAAACUUUUGUUAUUGAACAUGUGAUGUGACUUUUUCUUUUUCAAAACAUCUCUCACCCUGAACUGACAUCCUUCAUUUUCUUCCGAUGUUCCUUGGGCAGUUAUUUUAAAUUACUUUGAGGUCCCACUAAACAUUACUGUGGGGAGUUAAAGCAGUUUAUUAAACAUCAGGUCUCUGAAGUGGCACUAGCAAUAAAUGCAGCCUAAUUAUAAUUACAAUCAGGGUCCAAAUAAACUUUUCUGUUUAGAGGCUAAUCCUUACAAACUAGAGGCGUUUAGCAGUGCUUGUUCAUCUUAAGAACGGUCUUUGUGUUUUUUUGUGAGCACAAAAGUUGGGCUGGACUAUGAAGGACUUUCAGUGUUAGAUUUGAAAUGUGAAGCUGUUGGAGAGAUUUUUUUCCUUUUUAUUUUUUUGUUUGCUUAUGGACACUUCUUUUUAAACUUAAAAUACCAAUGUCAGAACUGGUUAGAUGUUUAGAUGUUACUGCUUACUAUAAUGCUCCAUGGCACUACAAAAUGUUCAUCAUUAUGACCGUGUUUCACUGGUAUAUGUGUAAAUGCAUAACUGUACAGUUUGGCUUUGUCAGUGAGGGAGGCUUAAACCUACAUUUCAUUUUAGAUAUUGUGGCACUAUAAAGGAUUUAAUGUGGAAAAGGUCA